AUGCCAGGGUGGGACACUGCUCUUUGGCUGUUGCUGGUCGCCCUCCUCUGCCUCUUGCUCGGACGGGGCUUGGUUGCUGCUACUGCUGCUGCUGCUGCUGCUUCCCCGGCCCCCUGCGCCCCCCGGGAACAGGGGGGAAGGGGCCCGAGGCUGAUCUGCAAACCUUCGGCUCUGGCCAGCCACCUGGUGCGGACCUGCCGGACCUUUUCCCUGGAUUGCCGGCUGGCCUGGGAGGAGUGGCCGCACGUCCAGACGGUCUACAGCGGGAUGCGGGAGGCGGCCGGCGAGCUGGGCUUCGUGCGGGAGCACCUGCAGCUGGCGGACCAGGGGCUGGUCGCCCUGGACUGGGCGGUGAGCCGGGCGGCGGGCCGGCGGCGCGCCGGCGGCGGGCCGGCGGCGCCCAUCCUGCUGCUGGUCCCCAACGCCCUGGGCAGGGUGAGCCGGGGCGCCUCGCUGCUCUGCCUCUCCGCCCUCCGCCGGGGCUACCGGCCCGUCGUCUUCAACCGGCGCCUGCACAACGCCGUCCCGCUCACCACCCGCAAGCUGCUGCCCGCCGGCGACCCCUCGGACCUGCGGGAGGCCGUGGGCUACAUCAGGCACAAGCACCCGCUGGCCCAGCUGUUCGCGGCCAGCGAGAGCAGCGGCUCGACCCUCCUGCUCUCCUACCUGGGCGAGUGCGGCUCUUCCAGCUACAUCACGGCGGCCGCCUGCAUCUCCCCCAUCUUCCGCUACCAGGAGUGGCUCGAAGCGGGGGCGCCCGCCUUCUACCGCUGGAUCAUGCUCUUGUAUGAGAAAACCAACCUGAGCAGAUAUGCCACUGUUCUUGGAGAAAUAAUAGAUACAGAGAAGUUAUUCGGAAGCUGCACUCUGAGGGAGUUGGAGGAAGCGCUAUUUUGCCAGUCAAAGAUCAGUAAUUUGAGUUGGGCUUCCUAUUGGGAAAAGAAUGAUCCAUUGAGGGAUGUGGAUGAGGUCGCAGUUCCUCUUCUGUGUAUCUGCAGCAAUGAUGAUCCAUGCAGAGGCAACCCCGAGAUCACACUGCCUUUUGAGUUAUUUGAAACCAACCCCUAUUUCUUCCUUUUGUUAACCAAACACGGAGGACAUUGUGGCUUUUUUACAAGCAAAUCUUCCUCAUGGAGCCAUGAAGCUUUACUGGAAUUCUUCAAGUCAGUCAGUGAAUUUUUCAGGGCUGAGGAAAGGACAAAGAAAGUUUACAGAAAAAAAGUGUCAAUGAUAUCCUACAAACGGAGGGGAGCUGCUACUCACAAAAAGGAAUCUGUUUGCCCUCAUAAUAUUCAUGAAAUUUUUAACUGGCAAAGAUCUUAUACAAGGUGA